UAGGGUUAAGUUACUAAUAAAGCACUAUUUUCAGAUGCGUUACGUGGCCGCUUACCUACUUGCCACCCUGGGAGGGAACAAAAGCCCAAGUGCAUCAGACAUCACGGAUAUUCUCUCAAGUGUUGGUAUUGAUGUGGACCCGGAACGCCUUGAUGUUGUUAUUAACGAGCUGAGCGGGAAAGAUAUUGAUGAGGUGAUUGCUGCAGGAAAGUCCAAGUUGGCAUCUGUUCCCACAGGUGGUGCUGUGAUGGCAGGGGGUGCAGGAGCCAGUGCUCCAGCAGCAGCUGCGGGAGGAGAGGCAGAGGAGGAAAAGAAAGAAGAAAAGAAAGAAGAGGAAGAAGAGGAAUCUGAUGAUGAUAUGGGAUUUGGCUUGUUUGACUGAAAAACUGUAAAGCCAAAAAUAAAACUUUUGUGUCAUCUCCA